CUGAGCAAGCAUCAGUCCCAAACCAAAAGCCGGCGCUUCACAUCGUGCCCGCAGUCGCAAGACCAUGUCCUUAGCGGAAGGCGUGUCAGACACCGACCACAGGCCCGAGAAGCAGGAAGACAAGAACGGGAAGAAAAAGGAGGUUAGACGGGGGCAGAUGUCAGACUCGUUCAUGUGGAAGGAGCAAAUCCACACUUUAAUGAAGGGCGGAGAGAGCGAGUCCGACAUAUCGGACUCUGAAAACUUCCUCACCAAAGGAGCGUUCCUUCUCACUCCCUCCCACGGGCUCAGCAUGGAGAAGGCGUCCACCAUCUGUGAGAAGAUGGAGUUCAAAGGCUGCUUCUCGCUCACGAAGACUGCGACGGGGAUACUGUUCAAGUUCUCUCACGUGGAUGAUUACCAGAUGGUGUUCAAGAAGGGAUUCCAUAAGGUCACGGGGUCCAGGUUCUAUAGGAAGAUCGCAAUCCCCUGCCGCCCUCAGAAGACGUUCACGAUCUACGUGUACGACAUCCCGGACGAGAUUCCGGAGGAGGACGUCCGCCACGCGCUGUACAAGUUCACGUCCGUCGUGGAAGUGCUGCGGCUGCACUUCUCCGGGUCCCCACGAGAAGGCACGUCUACUCCCAAGCCGCAUGACAAAACGUCACGGGCGCUUACCACCAUCGACGGGGAGCUGGUCAGCAGCAUGGUGCCCAAGGAGGCAACAAGCGUGCUCCGCGUGACGCUGGCCAAUAUCGAAGAAGCCAACAUCCUGCUGCAGAACGGCCUCGACUUCUACGGCGCCACCUACUUCCCCACAGAGCUGGCCACUCCUGCGCAGGCCGCUAAGCUGAUCAAACCUAGCAGGGUAACAGGGGGAACGGUCUCAGCUCGCGUCCGCGACCUCCUCCCGGUCUUCGACCAGGCCGGCUUCACCAAGUUCAACCCCCCAGCCUCCCGCCUCGUCAAACCCAGGUCCAAUAAGUAACCAGAAAACCAACAGGUGCAAAACAUACCGACGAAAG